ACCGGCUCUUCGAGGGAUCGGCGUCACCUGACUCCGCCUGCCCCUCGCCCGCGCGCAGCUCGCCAGUCCCUCAGUUUGCCCGGCGCCGGGGGAGGGUCGGGCGGCAUCUCCUGGGCUCCGGGGCGCUGAGGAGCGGAGAAGGGGUUCCGGCGGGGAAUGGUACAUCUCGCUUCCAGAAGCCGCGGCUCGGCGCCAGGUUCCGGAGUGUAGAUAUUUGGGGGGAGGGGAGAGCGACCAGAAGCGAGCGAGCGAGCGAGAGCCAGAGAGAGGCAGCGCGCCGCGCGCACGGACAGGGGCUUGCCGGGUGCCGCGCGGAGAAGAUGUAAGCGCGUGGGGUCUAGCUGGCCUCCGAGCACCAUGCAGAAGGGGAUCCGGCUGAACGAUGGCCACGUCGCGUCUCUGGGACUGCUGGCGCGCAAGGACGGCACGCGCAAAGGCUACCUGAGCAAGCGGAGUUCGGACAACACAAAAUGGCAAACCAAGUGGUUCGCGCUGCUGCAGAACCUGCUCUUCUACUUCGAGAGCGACUCGAGCUCGCGGCCCUCGGGGCUCUACCUGCUGGAGGGCUGCGUCUGCGACCGCGCGCCCUCCCCCAAGCCUGCGCUCUCGGCCAAGGAGCCGCUGGAGAAACAGCAUUAUUUCACGGUCAACUUCAGCCACGAGAACCAGAAAGCCCUGGAGCUGAGGACAGAGGAUGCCAAGGAUUGUGAUGAGUGGGUGGCAGCCAUCGCUCACGCCAGCUACCGGACUCUGGCCACGGAGCAUGAAGCGCUGAUGCAGAAGUACCUGCACCUGCUGCAGAUCGUGGAGACAGAGAAGACGGUGGCCAAGCAGCUGCGGCGGCAGAUCGAGGACGGGGAGAUCGAGAUCGAGCGGCUGAAGGCAGAGAUCGCGUCCCUGCUCAAGGACAAUGAGCGCAUCCAGUCCACCCAGACCGUCACCCCCAACGAUGAGGACAGCGACAUCAAGAAGAUCAAGAAGGUGCAGAGCUUCCUGCGGGGCUGGUUAUGUCGGCGCAAGUGGAAGACCAUCAUCCAGGACUACAUCCGCUCACCCCACGCCGACAGCAUGCGCAAGAGGAACCAGGUGGUGUUCAGCAUGCUGGAGGCCGAGGCCGAGUACGUGCAGCAGCUGCACAUCCUGGUCAACAAUUUCCUGCGCCCGCUGCGGAUGGCAGCCAGCUCCAAGAAGCCCCCCAUCACACACGAUGACGUCAGCAGCAUCUUCCUGAACAGCGAGACCAUCAUGUUCCUGCACCAGAUCUUCUACCAAGGCCUGAAGGCCCGCAUCUCCAGCUGGCCCACCCUGGUCCUGGCGGACCUGUUCGACAUCCUGCUGCCCAUGCUGAACAUCUACCAGGAGUUCGUCCGCAACCACCAGUACAGCCUGCAGAUCCUGGCGCACUGCAAGCAGAACCGCGACUUCGACAAGCUGCUGAAGCACUACGAGGCCAAGCCCGACUGCGAGGAGCGCACCCUGGAGACCUUCCUCACCUACCCCAUGUUCCAGAUUCCCAGGUACAUCCUGACGCUGCAUGAGCUCCUGGCUCACACCCCUCAUGAGCACGUGGAGCGCAACAGCCUGGACUACGCCAAAUCCAAACUGGAGGAACUGUCCAGGAUAAUGCAUGACGAAGUGAGUGAGACGGAGAACAUCCGGAAAAACCUCGCCAUUGAGCGCAUGAUUAUUGAAGGCUGCGAGAUCCUGCUGGAUACCAGCCAGACUUUUGUGAGACAAGGCUCCCUCAUCCAGGUGCCCAUGUCUGAGAAGGGCAAGAUCACCAGGGGCCGUCUGGGGUCUCUCUCCCUGAAGAAGGAGGGCGAGCGGCAGUGUUUCCUGUUCUCCAAGCAUCUGAUUAUCUGCACCAGGGGCUCUGGUGGGAAGCUCCACCUGACCAAGAAUGGAGUCAUCUCCCUCAUCGACUGCACCCUGCUGGAGGACCCAGAGAACACGGAGGAAGACGCCAAGGGAUCCAACCAAGACAUAGACCACUUGGAUUUUAAGAUCGGGGUGGAGCCCAAGGAUUCCCCGCCUUUCACGGUCAUUCUUGUGGCCUCGUCCAGACAGGAGAAGGCGGCGUGGACCAGUGACAUCAGCCAGUGUGUGGAUAACAUCCGGUGCAACGGGCUGAUGAUGAAUGCAUUCGAGGAGAACUCCAAGGUCACCGUGCCGCAGAUGAUCAAGUCCGACGCCUCCUUGUACUGCGAUGACGUGGACAUUCGCUUUAGCAAGACCAUGAACUCCUGCAAAGUGCUGCAGAUCCGCUACGCCAGUGUGGGGCGGCUGCUCGAGAGGCUGACGGACCUGCGCUUCCUGAGCAUCGACUUCCUCAACACAUUUUUGCACUCCUACCGCGUCUUCACCACCGCCGUCGUGGUCCUGGACAAGCUCAUCACCAUCUACAGGAAGCCCAUCAGCGCCAUCCCCGCCAGCUCUGGCCAAGCCUCGAGGGGCCCGGUGGGUCACCGCGAGCCCCGGGUCCCUGCCAGGUCGCUGGAACUCUUGUUCGCCAGUGGUCAGAACAACAAGCUUCUAUACGGUGACCCUCCCAAGUCCCCGCGCGCCACGCGCAAGUUCUCCUCACCGCCGCCCCUGUCCAUCACCAAGACGUCGUCCCCCAGCCGCCGGCGGAAGCUGUCCCUGAACAUCCCCAUCAUCACGGGUGGCAAGGCUCUGGACCUGGCCGCCCUCAGCUGCAGCUCCAACGGCUACACCAGCCUGUGCUCGGCCGUGUCGCCCUUCAGCAAGGCCACCUUGGACACCAGCAAGCUCUACGUGUCCAGCAGCUUUGCCAACAAGAUCCCGGACGAGAGCGACACGGCCGCUGAGAAGCCUGAAGAGCCCGCGGCUCUCAGCAAGCAGAGCUCAGAAGUCUGCGUGAGGGAAGAGUCGGACAGCGACCAAAACCAGAGUGACGACGGCGACACGGAGGCUUCACCCACCAAGUCGCCAACGACGCCAAAGUCCAUCAAAAGCAAAAGUCCCUCAGAGUUCCCCCUCUUUUCCUACAACAACGGGGUUGUCAUGACCUCGUGUCGGGAACUGGACAACACGCGCAGUGCCCUGUCAGCGGCCUCUGCCUUUGCCAUAGCCACGGCGGGAGCCAACGAGGGCACCCCAAACAAGGAGAAGUACCGGAGGAUGUCCCUGGCCAGCACAGGGUUUCCCCCCGACCAGAGGAACGGGGACAAGGAGUUCGUGAUCCGCCGAGCAGCCACCAACCGCGUCCUGAACGUGCUCCGCCACUGGGUCUCCAAACACUCUCAGGACUUUGAGACCAACGACGAGCUCAGAUGCAAGGUGAUCAGCUUCCUGGAGGAGGUCAUGCACGACCCCGAGCUGCUGACCCAGGAGAGAAAGGCUGCAGCCAACAUCAUCAGGACGCUGACCCAGGAGGACCCGGGCGACAACCAGAUCACGCUGGAGGAGAUCACACAGAUGGCCGAAGGCGUGAAGGCAGAGCCCUUUGAAAACCACUCGGCCCUGGAGAUCGCGGAGCAGCUGACCCUGCUAGACCACCUCGUCUUCAAGAAGAUCCCUUAUGAGGAGUUCUUCGGACAGGGCUGGAUGAAACUGGAGAAGAACGAACGGACCCCUUACAUCAUGAAGACCACGAAGCAUUUCAAUGACAUCAGCAACUUGAUUGCUUCAGAAAUCAUCCGCAAUGAGGACAUCAAUGCAAGAGUGAGCGCCAUCGAGAAAUGGGUGGCCGUGGCCGACAUAUGCCGCUGCUUACACAACUAUAAUGCUGUGCUGGAGAUCACCUCGUCCAUGAACCGGAGCGCAAUAUUCCGGCUGAAAAAGACGUGGCUCAAAGUCUCUAAGCAGACAAAAGCUUUGAUUGAUAAGCUCCAAAAGCUUGUAUCAUCAGAGGGCAGAUUUAAGAAUCUGAGAGAAGCUCUGAAAAAUUGUGACCCCCCCUGUGUCCCUUACCUGGGGAUGUACCUCACCGACCUGGCCUUCAUCGAAGAGGGGACGCCCAAUUACACGGAGGACGGCCUGGUCAACUUCUCCAAGAUGAGAAUGAUAUCUCAUAUUAUCCGAGAGAUUCGCCAGUUUCAACAAACUGCAUAUAAAAUAGAACACCAAGUGAAGGUGACCCAGUACCUGCUGGACCGGUCCUUCGUGAUGGACGAGGAAAGCCUCUACGAGUCCUCUCUCCGCAUGGAGCCCAAACUGCCCACCUGAAGCCGGCCGGCCCCAGCCGCGCCACGGACACGCGCUGUGUGACGUUGUACAUAGUCGUCUGGUUCCUGGAUUUUCCUCUUUAGUCUGUGCUUCUCCAAGAACACCAGUCCGUUCUCGUUCUUAGAUUCCUGUAGACCGGAAUAGGCGCUCGGCUCCGUUUCCGACGUCACCCUUCCCCGCGUCCCGCAGCUCCUGGUUCUUUCCAGCGACGACGUCCGAGUCUUCCCGGCCCCUCGCUCUCUCGGAAGGGAGGACGGAGCCCGUGCAGACGCGAGCCCGGGCGCCGUCCUGCUUCCGGCCCGCCCCGGCCCCGGCCCCCGGGCUGCGUCCGCCCCCCACCCCCGGGUGUCCUCCCAGCAUGUUCCAUGUAGUUGUUCUAACUGGGGGGUGGGGGGAGGCGGGAGGGGACCGCACCCUGAAGUCCAGUCAUUCACAGAUCUUCCCGCUGACGGUGAUGCCAAUUUCCAAAGCAGCUUUUUCAGCCAAAAUCACAGGGGUCCAAGCUCCCCCGUCUCCCGGUAACCCGGACGGAGGGGUGUCCCCUCCACUGAGGACCAUGCCCCGUGACACCAGCACCACCACCUCGCGCCGGCCCUGCGUGCUGCGCGCUCUAGGACUCACACCAGGCAGCAUGAGUAGCCGUCUCCGUGAACCCGGGCGAGGCCCCGGAGCACCCCGAGGGACACGGAGUCACAACACAAGGUCGCGCUGGCCUGCACUGACCGCGGCCCGGCGUUCACUGCAAGUCGGGGACACAGAACACGUCACUCCUCCUCUCCUAGCUGCCCAAUGGUCACUCCAAGCUUCCGUUGAGAUGCUCUGAGUCUGUCUGCUUUGUGAAAAUAGUACCACACCGUAGAACUAGGGAAUCAAUAACCGAGUGUUUUUAUCGCAUAUACUGUGGUCCUGUCUGAGCGCCUUCUAGCAGGAAUGUAGUACCGUAGUGCUUAUUCUGUGAAUACUACCGUCGAUUUUUUACACUGUACAGUAGAGAGCGCGGGUUCACUCAAGCGGCAGGCAUGCUCAUGACGACAGACAAACAACUUUUGCUGUAAGCAAUACCUAGUGGUAUGAGAAUUCUAUUUCAAGUCCUACAAUAUUUCAACUUACAGCUUGUUUGGAAAAAAAAGAAAUUUCCAUUUUUGUAAAAAUAUAUGUUUCCUGAUUACCUCUUGCUAAUAAAUCUCUUCUAUCUCAGGGUGAA